CAGCGCUCGCGGGCUGCAGGGUUCCCUCUAGGUGCUGCGGCACGGGAUGGCGGAGGCUCCUCCUGUCUCAGGUACUUUAAAAUUCAAUACAGAUGCUGCCGAGUUCAUUCCUCAGGAGAGAAAAAAUUCUGGUCUAAAUUGUGGGGCUCAGAGGCGACUGGACUCUAACAGGAUUAAUAGGAGAAAUUACAGUUCGCCACCUCCCUUUCACGUUUCCAGGCAAGCCCCUUACAAUGACACCUCUGCUCUUCGUCAGCAUGGUCACCAUCCUUCGGGAAGCAAACCUAAGAGCCAACCCACUUCUCUUCAGUUCCCUGCUCCGCAUAAACUGCCCAAGAGCCAGGGCCUUCAGAGCCAACCCUGGCAGAAAUUGAAGAGUGAAAAGCACCAGACCAGAGUCAAGAAGGGGCAGGGUCUCAGUGAGCAGAGCCCAGAUACAGCCGGCUUAGAAAGUGCAGCCAAGGUCGAGAGUGGGACACACCCCAGGGAGCACAGUCCUUCGGAGAGUGAAAAGGAUACUGCUGGUGCAGAUCCCAGGGGAGCAAAACCAAAAAAAACAUCCCCGUUUGUCUGCAACUAUGGUAGAGGAUCGAAAGUCAAGGGGAAGCCCAAAGGUGAGUGGGGGAACAGGGCAGCUCUGAAGCCUGAGGAUGCCAGACCCGAAAAUACCAAAACGGUGGUUCUUACCCAGCCCGACUCUCCAGAUGCAAUGUGCAGGAAAGGCGCAGUGGAUGGGUUUGGGGCCAGGCGCAACGAGCAGAGAAGGCACCCACAGAAAAGGCCUCCCUGGGAAGUGGAGGGCGCUCGGCCUCGACCAGGCAGGAAUCCACCAAAACAGGAGGGCCAACGACCAACAAAUGCCAGACCCCACAGCAACCUGGUCUCCAUUCCAAAGGGUAAUCCCAGUGAAAGACCAAGCCAAGCUACCUGUGACAAUGGGAACGUGGCGGUCAUCAGCAAGUCUUCCAGAAGGAUGGAGCCAGAGAAAAGCUCUGGAAGAAGGCAAGAUCCUCAAGGAACAUCUUUCCCCCGAGGCAAGCAGAACUACGUGCUGAAAGAUGUGGAAACACACACAGGCUCUCUAAUUGAACAACUGACUGCAGAGAAAUACGAGUGCAUGGUGUGCUGUGAACUGGUCCGUGUCACGGCCCCAGUGUGGAGCUGUCAGGGCUGUUAUCAUGUGUUUCAUUUGAGCUGCAUCAAGAAAUGGGCAAGAUCGCCGGCCUCACAAGCAGAUGGCCAAAGCGGUUGGAGGUGCCCUGCCUGUCAGAAUGUGUCUGCACACGUUCCUAAUUCCUACACUUGCUUCUGUGGCAAGGUAAAGAAUCCUGAAUGGAGCAGAAACGAAAUUCCACAUAGCUGUGGUGAGGUUUGUAGGAAGAAACAGCCUGGCCAGGACUGCCCACAUUCCUGCAACCUUCUCUGCCAUCCUGGACCUUGCCCACCCUGCCCUGCCUUUAUGAAUAAAGCAUGUGAAUGUGGACGGACCAGGCAUACAGUUCGCUGUGGGCAAGCCAUUGCAGUCCACUGCUCCAACCCAUGUGGCAGUGUUUUGAAUUGUGGUCAACACCACUGCGCUGAGCUGUGCCAUGGGGGUCAGUGCCAGCCAUGCCGGGUCAUAUUAAGUCAGGUAUGCUACUGUGGCAGCACCUCCCGAGAUGUGUUAUGUGGAACGGAUGUCGGAAAGUCUGAUGGAUUUGGGGACUUCAGCUGCUUAAAGACGUGUGGCAAGGAUUUGAAAUGUGGGAACCAUAUGUGUUCUCAAGUAUGCCAUCCUCAGCCCUGCCAGCUGUGCCCACGGCUCCCCCAGCUGGUGCGCUGUUGCCCUUGUGGCCAAACUCCUCUCACCCAGUUGCUCGAACUUGGAAGUAGUAGUCGGAAAACAUGCAUGGAUCCUGUCCCUUCAUGUGGAAAAGUGUGUGGCAAACCACUGCCCUGUGGUUCCUUAGAUUUCAUUCACACCUGCGAAAAGCUCUGCCAUGAAGGAGACUGCGGACCGUGCUCCCGGACAUCAGUUAUUUCCUGCAGAUGCUCUUUCAGAACAAAGGAGCUUCCGUGUACCAGUCUCAAAAGGGAAGCAGAUGCUACAUUUAUGUGUGACAAGCGGUGUAACAAGAAACGGUUGUGUGGACGGCAUAAAUGUAACGAGAUAUGCUGUGUGGACAAGGAGCACAAGUGCCCUUUGAUUUGUGGGAGGAAACUCCGCUGCGGCCUUCAUCGGUGUGAGGAGCCUUGCCAUCGUGGGAACUGCCAGACAUGCUGGCAAACCAGCUUUGAUGAACUAACCUGCCACUGUGGCGCGUCCGUGAUCUUCCCGCCAGUGCCCUGCGGUACCAGGCCCCCCGAGUGUACCCAGACCUGUGCCAGAGUCCACGACUGCGAGCACCCAGUGUAUCAUUCUUGCCAUGGUGAGGAGAAGUGUCCCCCGUGUACUUUCCUGACUCAGAAGUGGUGCAUGGGCAAACACGAGUUACGGAGCAACCUCCCCUGCCACCUGGCUGACAUCUCUUGCGGAUUACCCUGUGGUGUGGUGCUGCCUUGUGGGAUGCACAAGUGUCAGAGACUGUGCCACAAAGGAGACUGCAUUGUGGACGAGGCUUGCAAGCAGCCCUGCACCACCCCCAGAGCUGACUGUGGCCACCCAUGCCUGGCUCCCUGCCACCCGAGCUCCCCUUGCCCCCCCACAGCUUGUAAAUCCAAGGUAGAGCUGCAAUGUGAGUGUGGACGAAGAAAAGAGAGCAUGGUUUGCACUGAAGCAUCCAGUACUUAUCAAAGAAUAGCUGCCGUUUUCAUGGCCUCUAAAAUAACAGACAUGCAGCUUGGAGAUUCCAUCGAAAUCAGCAAGUUAAUCACCAAGAAGGAAAUUCACCAAGCCAGGCUGGAGUGUGAUGAGGAAUGUUCAGCUUUGGAAAGGAGAAGACGCUUAGCUGAAGCAUUUCACAUCACUGAUGAUUCUGACCCUUUCAAUGUGCGCUCCUCGGGGUCGAAAUUCAGCGAUAGUUUGAAAGAAGACGCCAGGAAGGACUUAAAGUUUGUCAGCGACGUUGAGAAGGAAAUGGAAGCUCUUGUGGAGGCCGUGGACAAGGGAAAGAGUGUUAAGAAAAGCCACUGCUUCCCUCCCAUGAACAGAGACCACCGCCGCAUCAUCCACGACCUGGCCCAAGUGUACGGCCUGGAGAGCGUGAGCUAUGACAGCGAGCCCAAGCGCAACGUCGUUGUCACCGCAGUCAGAGGAAAGUCCAUUUGUCCUCCUACCACCCUGACAGCCGUCCUUGAACGAGAAACGCAGGCACGGCCUCCACCACCGAUUGCUCAUCACAGACACCAGGCAGACAAGGGGACUGGGAGCAUUCAUCUACAGAAAAUUGCCAAGGAGCCAGUGAUUGACUACUUUGACGUCCAGGACUAAGGAGCUGAUAGUGUUGGAAUGUAGUGCAGAUAAAUCAUGCCUGCCCCUCCUGCCCAGCGGCCUCACAGCCUCCAUACUGUCGUCUUCUGUGGAUACAUCCAAAGCAUCGGGGGUCGGCAGCUGCCGUGCCCUCUAGACCUGUCUGCCGGGAGGGUUUCACCAGCCAGCUCUCCAGGCGUGCACUUGAAGAGGCUCCCCACACAGUCACUGUGAUUUCGUUGAGGGCUCGUUCGGACAAACCAGAAUAAUCGCCUGAGAUUGGCUUGCUGACACACAGCCAUCGCCUGAGCUGGAUCUAUCCUGAAAAUGCUUGUGCCCUGAGGUGCACCGCGCUUGCUUAGCCCAAACGAGCUCAGCCCUUGGAAAGAUGCUUGCGGACGCUUUCUCAGUCAGCAACUGAGAAAACUGCAUUUGUGCCCCCUACCUGGAAUCACACACGUUGUCUUAAACCCAGCAAACUCAUUUAAGUCUUCUGCCAAAAACCCCUCAGUUUGUCUAGCUGAGCUUGAAUGAUUCUCAAUACAAUCAAUUAGGAAAGGAGAGGGAUCAGGUUGAUUUACAGAAUUCCAUUCUUUAGGCCCCCUGGCAGGUCACAGUCUACCUGGUGACAAUCAUGUUAUCCUUCCACCAUAAUGGUAGAGGACAUAGAACAAGCUCUUUCCUCUGCCAGGUUGACACUGUGGCUCUGAACUGACAUGCACGCCCCUCAUUCCUUCUUUGGUGGAGAGAGGGUCUUGGAGUCUGCCUGUGUUGGGUUUUUUUAGCCCUUGAGCAGGCAAAUUGAUGCUCCUUGUCUUUCAUCUCUGGGCUUCUAGAAUACUCAGGGUGUACGCAGUCCAGGAUGUAAGCCCAGUGCUCCAUUAGAGGCAUUCUUCAAGCUCUUUUGAGGCCAGCCCAUCAGAGAUUUCAUUAGCUUGGCCUUCUUUACACUGACCCCCCUUCAGCAUGGAGGCCCGACUGGCAGCAGCUUCCUCUCUAGAACAAGCUACAAGCCCCGGAGUACCCAGAGAUUAGAGAAGUAGCAUCCCAAAGCCAGGGGCUUCAUUGUUUUAGAGCAAGAAACCCUUUGGCCCUCACCAGACAAUCCUCUGAAAAGCCUGGGUCAAGUAGCAGCAGCAAUGGGCAGCCUGGGGCAAGAGACAGUUCCAACACCACUGCUUGGCUGGGCCCAUUUCUGGUAGGGUCAGGCGGCUUCUGACCCAACAGGAAGCCCGUGAGCUUCCAUCUUCUCUCAAACAGUGGGUCCAGUGAGCGCGCUGUGAGAGAGCGUUUGGGAAUCAGUAGGAGACCUGGUCUCCCAUCCCAGCCCUCGCCCCCUGGGGGAGACAGGUAUCACCCACCACCCCAGGGUGGUUUUGAGGGUUAAAUGAAGUUGCACAUGUAGAGGCGCCUGACCAUAAAAACUUCUUAAAAAAGAAGUAGUGGAAAAUAUGUAAGCAUCUUCUUUCUCCAUAUUUGUAGCCAAGUAAAGAUCAUGCGUGAUA